GUGCUCUCUCUCUCUUUCCCCCACCACCGCCGUCCGCCGCGGCGCGCAAACGCGGAGCAAUCGGGCAGACGCGGGGCGGCGGUGCCCACGCGGGUUCACUGGACCAGGGGAAACCGCCACGCACGCGAAACCCUAGGGUCGGCCGCCUGCGGCGGCGGCGGCGGCGGCGGCGACCCGUCGGGGAUGGCGGAGCGGAGGCCUCUGUUCGACCUCAACGUGGCCCACGAGGAUUGGGAGUGGCAGAAUGAGGAGGACCCUGAGGAGGUGGUCGAGGAGCAGGGGCAGAAGGUGGUAGUGCUGGAGGAGGGGGAGGAAGAAGAGGAGCCCGAGGAGGUGAUCAUGGAGGAGGCGACGGGGGAGGAGGAGGACGAGGAGCCCGUGGAGGAGAUAGUGGAGGAAGUGGUGGUUGAGGAGGAGGUGGUGGCUGAAGCGGAGGAAGGAGAGGGGGAAGGGGACGGGGACGGGGAUGGGAGGAGGAAGAGGAAGGACUGCGAGGUUUUGGUGGGAGGGCUGCCGCGGGACGCGGCGGAGGAGGACGUGGCGCGGGCGCUCUCAGACGCCGGCGAGGUAGAGGAGGUGCGGCUCGUGCGGGAUCCGGCGGAGCCCCGACUCAACAAAGGGUUCGCCUUCGUACGCUUUGCCGCCGCCUGGCAGGCGCGGUGGGCUGCAGACGACGUCCGCACAGCUAUGGUCAAGGGAGAAACUUGUGGGAUAUGCAAGAACGAUGCAAAUGAGACCCUUCAUCUGCGGAAUAUAUGCUUUGAUUGGACAAAAGAUGAUCUAGCAGAGGAACUGAAAAUUUACAAGUUGGAAAACCUUGAAGAUAUUAAUUUAGUCGAGGAUCCAGACAGAAAAGGAAACAACAGGGGCUAUGCAUUUCUUGAUUUCCACACCCUUGUUGAUGCUGUGGAUGCUUUCUUUAAACUAAAGAACAGAAAUAUUUUUCUUGGUACGGAUGUUCGAGCUCAAGUGUCAUUUUCAAAAACUCUUUCACAGGAUGACAAGGUUAUGGAAAAGGUAAAAUCCGUUUUCUUGGAUGGAUUACCUCCUCACUGGGAUGAAGACAAAGUGAGGGAAGUGUUUGGGAAGUUCGGUGAAAUUGAUAGUAUACAACUUGCCAGAAACAUGUUUAAAGCAAAACGAAAAGAUUUUGGUUUCGUCGGCUUUACCUCAAGACAAUCAGCUUUAGAUUGCAUUAGUACAGUUAAUAAAGGUGGAAUAGGUGAAGGUAGCGCAAAGGUUCGCAUCAAGGCUUCUUUACAAAGGCCCAGGCCUACUUUGAAAAAACAUUCAUGGCAAGGAACUAAUCCCAUGUUGCGUGUCAGGGGGGGAUUUAUUGGAAAAUGUUGUGGUGAUAGAGAACGCUAUGGUGAUAGAGAGCGCUAUCGUGAUAGGGAAUGUUAUGGUGAUAGGGAUCGCUACGGUGAUAGAGUAACCCACCCAAACAGAGUUGGGUUUUCAGGUCACUCAAGACGUGAUUACUCAAAUAAUUUUCUUGAUGACAGAUACGGUCACAAUAUGGUUGGUAGGUUGCCUCAUAUGGCUAUUCAUGUAGAAAGGCAUGUUUCAUCGCAAGAAUACAGAUCUCAUUAUAGAAGAGAUUCUGCAGUAUCUGGCCCCAGCCACAGGUAUGGGAGUGCUAGGCCCAGGGAAGCAUGUCUUGAGAGAAGAUAUACUAAUGAAUACCUAAGACAGAGGCAGUCAAGGCAUGAAGAAUCUACCCAGCGAGAUGCAUACAGGAGUAAAUAUGGACACUCAUACCUGGAGAGGUCACACAGAGAUUCCUGCCCAGAUUGUAAUCAAAGUGAUCAUAGUUCCAGUGCCUACUAUAAGACAGACCAUGAGCCAACACCUUCAUCCUCCCAAGUAGCAUCUCACUGUGAGGAAUCCUUCAGUCAGGGCCAUAAGUUGAUGGCAUCAAGUUCCCCCGGGAUGUGUAAUUGUGGCGAAUGUUAUAUUAAACAAGAUGCAGCCCCAGAAAGCUCGCAAGUUGUGCCUCUUCGUCAUCAGAUGGCUAAACCAUUUCAUGAGCGAAGCUCUGAGCCUGACGACCGCUCUGCCUAUGAAGCAGAGUACAAGGAACGUAGGGGCGGGUAUCAUCUUCCUUCCAGAAAUGGCCCCAGUACUAAUCACCACAGCAAUUACGGUAGACAAGAUAGGUCGAAGUAAGCAAAAAAAAAUUAAUUUAACAAGAUUGGAGAAGCUGCUCGUGCAGUUGCUGCUGCUAGUAGCGUCGAGAGUUACCAUUGGUGCUCCCCGGUGUAGAAUCCUCCCCCAAGGAUUCUGGCUUUUGCGGGCGUUACAUUUUUUUUUUGUCUCCGCCCCGUGGUUGCAUUUUACCUGGGAUCACAAUGUGACGCUGUAGCUUUUACCGGACGCUAUACCCUGAUAAGAAAUCCAAAGAAGAGAUGUUAACAUGCAUGGACGUUCCUUGCAGCCCUGGUGCAGUUCGUAUAAGUUAACUGGUCUCAUUGGCUGCUUGUUAACCGAGAUGUUUACUUGAGUCAAAAUUUCGUUCACACGCAUUAGCAUGUAUGAGAUUGCAUCAUUACCUGGGAGAAUCUCAGUGCUUAUAUUAAUAACGUACUAUGGAUUUUUUUUCUGAGGUGCGCAACGUGCCAUGCUACAGAGAAUCAAUUUAAAAGUUCCAUGUACGCACGGGAAAGAGAUCAAAAGUUCUAUGUGCGCACGGGAAAGAGAGAAAUUUGAUCUCCAAGGUUCAAAACUCGCACAUUACUGUUU